CCCAAACCUGCAAUGUUACCGGCGGAUCAACCUCCCGGCCCAGGUCGCUCCACUUUGGACGGAAGUUAUGGGAACAUACCUUUAUCGUAGCGCCGGGGCCCCAUCGGGUGGUACUAUGUGCCAGGUGAGACCUCAACAGCGGCAAUAUCUAGAGGGCGCUUCCCGGCAAGUCACAGAGGACUUUUGCCUCCGUCGGACAGAAUCGAUCAAUGAUCGGGCUACCGUGUUGCAGAAUCUUCUAGCUCCAGUGGCAGGCAUUGUAUGCGGAGAAUUUGUCAAUCGAGCACCUCGCUCCGGUAUUGCGGAUAUUCGCACGGUCCGCACUGGCCAAAAACCGGGCUUUGAUGGAUGCAAAGGAGAAAAGUACCAGCUGCAGAAGUCCGGUGCACGGGCCACCAUAUUCUUAAGGCCCCACUCCAGUAGACAGGUCAGAAACAGGCCAUCGAGGAAGGUUGAACACGAGUACUCGGACAUGGCUUUCUGCACGGAAAAGCUGAUCAGCGAUCGAUCUUCCACUCCCGAGGGCGCGAUCCAGGUUCCUGGGCCGGGAACCCGGUUACUGGGGCGGGAGUUCAUCCUAGCUUGCCCUAGUCCCUCGGCUGGAUGGACGCUGAUUGUUGACAAUCCCUGCACUAUUGGGGUCGUCCUUAUGUCGCGGGAUGCAACAUUAUGCAACCAGCCCAUCAUGCUGCGAACUGUGCUUCCGCUCGUGCAUCAUCUGCUGCAGUGCAGGAGCAUUGGUGUCAUCCCAGACCAAAUCAGGCCAGCUCUGUUCCUUGAUUUGACAGCACCUGAUCGCGAUCGUGCAUCCAUGGACUUGCCACAGUUCGCAUACGUAGUGGCCCCUGUAAUCAACUCUCCUGAUGGUCCUAGGAUAGGAAACCCAAACUGUGGGAACCAACAGGCCGCGACUGUUCCUAGGUCCGGACUCGGUUCAUCUCCGCCGACCUCCAGGCGAAAUAGCAAAAAUGGUCGAUGUAUCUACCCACCUCAGCCUGGCUCUUGGACUUAA